GAGAACCUGCCGCUCCGGAGGGACGGGGCUGCAGGCAGCCAGCCCAGCGGCGGAGCUGCGGGCACAUGCCGGGCUUGGAGAGUCGGAGGCGGGAGUUCCCCGCAGCUCUGUCGGACCCGCUGCCGAGCCGUCCCCUGCGGGAGCAUCCGCGAGACUGCGGAGGGGAGAGGCGCUCACCUCUGGCUCCGCUCCCGGAGUGCGCCGAGCCGAGAGCGAGCGGACCGCGGGUCCACAUCAUGGGGGAUGUGAAACUGGUGACAUCUACUCGAGUGUCCAAAACCUCCCUGACGCUCAGCCCCUCGGUUCCUGCUGAAGCACCAGCAUUCACUCUGCCUCCUCGGAAUAUCCGAGUGCAACUGGGAGCCACAGCAAGAUUUGAGGGGAAGGUCAGAGGCUACCCUGAGCCACAGAUCACGUGGUACAGAAAUGGACACCCUCUCCCAGAAGGAGACCAUUAUGUGGUGGACCACAGCAUUCGGGGGAUAUUCAGCUUGGUAAUCAAAGGUGUGCAGGAAGGUGAUAGUGGUAAAUACACCUGUGAGGCUGCAAACGAUGGUGGGGUUCGUCAAGUGACUGUGGAAUUGACUGUGGAAGGAAACUCCUUGAAGAAAUACAGCCUACCGUCCAGUGCCAAAACCCCUGGGGGAAGACUUACUGUUCCACCUGUGGAGCUUAGGCCAAGCAUCUGGGGAGAGAGUCCACCAAAGUUUGCUACAAAACCCAAUAGAGUUGUUGUGCGUGAAGGCCAAACAGGCAAAUUCUCAUGUAAAAUAACAGGACGACCUCAGCCUCAAGUAACUUGGUCUAAGGGUGAUAUUCAUUUGCAGCAAAAUGAGCGUUUCAACAUGUUUGAGAAAACAGGAAUCCACUACCUGGAAAUCCAAAAUGUUCAACUUGCCGAUGCAGGAGUUUACACAUGCAUGGUGGUAAACAGUGCAGGGAAGGCAUCUGUGUCUGCAGAGCUCACAGUUCAAGGUCCAGAUAAGACUGACACCCACGCUCAGCCAAUAUGCAUGCCAUCAAAACCAACAACACUUGCUACUAAAGCUAUUGAAAACUCAGAUUUCAAACAGGCAACUAGCAAUGGGAUUGCUAAAGAGCUAAAAUCUAGCAGCACUGAACUCAUGGUUGAAACCAAAGACAGGGUAUCAGCAAAGAAAGAGACCUUUUACAUCUCCAGAGAAGCCAAAGAUGUUAAGCAGGGACAGAACCAAGAAGUCAAUGCAGUACCUCUUCAAGAAUCUAGAGGAACCAAGGCACCUCAGCUCUUACAGAAAACUUCAAGCACCAUCACACUACAAGCCGUCAAAGUGCAACCAGAACCAAAGGCAGAACCCCAGACUACUUUCAUCAGACAGGCUGAAGACAGGAAAAGGACUGUGCAGCCCCUGAUGACAACUCAAGAAAACCCAUCUGUGACUGGACAAGUAAGUCCAAGGAGUAGAGAAGCAGAAAACAGAGCUGGAGCCCGGAAGUCUGUAAAGGAGGAAAAAAGAGAGCCUUUGGGAAUGCCUCCCCAGUUUGAGAGCUGCCCACAGAACCUGGAAGCAUCAGAAGGACAGGAGAUUAAAUUCAAGAGCAAAGUUUCAGGGAAACCAAAACCGGAUGUGGAGUGGUUCAAAGAGGGUGCACGUAUUAAAACUGGAGAAGGUGUUCAAAUUUAUGAAGAAGAUGGAACUCAUUGCUUAUGGUUAAAGAAAGCCUGCCUGGGAGACAGUGGAUCUUACAGCUGUGCAGCUUUCAACCCCAGAGGCCAAACUUCCACCAGCUGGUUGUUAACUGUCAAAAGGUCUAAAGUUGAAGAGGUCGCUCCAUGCUUUUCCAGUGUCUUGAAAGGAUGCACUGUGAGUGAAGGGCAAGACUUUGUGCUGCAAUGCUGUGUAGGAGGUGUACCUGUGCCUGAGAUCACAUGGCUUCUCAAUGAACAACCAAUUCAGUAUGCCCAUUCCACUUUCGAAGCUGGAGUUGCAAAAUUGACUGUCCAAGAUGCCUUGCCAGAAGAUGAUGGCAUUUAUACAUGUCUGGCUGAAAACAACACAGGACGGGCGUCAUGCAGUGCUCAGGUCACAGUCAAAGAAAAGAAGAGCAGUAAGAAGGCAGAAAAUGCACAGGCUGUCAAAUUAAACAAGACUUUUGCACCCAUCUUCCUUAAAGGACUGACUGACCUCAAAGUAAUGGAUGGAAGUCAAGUGAUAAUGACUGUGGAAGUAUCAGCUAACCCAUGUCCUGAAAUUAUCUGGCUGCACAAUGGCAAAGAAAUCCAGGAGACAGAAGAUUUUCACUUUGAGAAGAAAGGCAAUGAAUACAGUCUGUAUAUCCAGGAAGUAUUUCCUGAAGACACAGGCAAAUACACCUGUGAAGCCUGGAAUGAAUUAGGAGAAACACAAACACAGGCUACAUUGACAGUGCAAGAACCUCAGGAUGGCAUCCAGCCCUGGUUCAUUAGCAAACCGAGAUCAGUGACAGCAGCUGCUGGGCAAAAUGUCCUUAUAUCUUGUGCCAUUGCUGGAGAUCCUUUCCCCACCGUUCACUGGUUUAAAGAUGGGCAAGAAAUAACACCAGGAACAGGCUGUGAAAUCCUGCAAAAUGAAGAUAUCUUCACACUGAUCUUGAGGAAUGUACAGUCUCAUCACACAGGGCAAUAUGAAAUUCAGCUCAGGAACCAAGUUGGAGAAUGCAGCUGCCAGGUGUCUCUGAUGCUGCGAGAGAGUUCAGCUUCCAGAGCAGAAAUGCGCAGAGAUGGGAGGGAAUCAGCCAGCUCUGGAGAGAGAAGAGAUGGUGGAAAUCAUGGUGCACUAACAUUUGGUAGAACAAGUGGCUUCAAAAAGAGCAGCGGUGAAACCAGAGCAGCUGAGGAAGAGCAGGAAGACGUCCGAGGUGUACUGAAGAGGCGAGUGGAAACUCGGGAACAUACAGAGGAGAGCCUGAGGCAGCAGGAAGCUGAACAGCUUGAUUUCCGUGACAUUUUAGGCAAGAAAGUCAGCACCAAAAGUUUUUCUGAGGAGGAUCUGAAAGAAAUCCCAGCCGAGCAAAUGGACUUCCGAGCAAACCUGCAGCGGCAGGUCAAACCCAAGACCUUGUCAGAGGAAGAAAGGAAAGUUCAUGCUCCCCAGCAGGUGGACUUCCGCUCUGUGCUGGCCAAGAAAGGCACCCCAAAAACCCCACUGCCAGAGAAGGCGCCACCUCCUAAACCAGCAGUUACAGAUUUCAGAUCUGUGCUGGGCGCAAAGAAGAAGCCCCCUGCAGAGAAUGGCAGCGCUGGCACCCCAGCACCAAAUGCCCGUGCCGGUUCUGAAGCACAGAAUGCCACCCCCAAUUCUGAAGCACCUGCUCCCAAACCAGUAGUGAAAAAAGAAGAGAAGAAUGACAGGAAAUGUGAACAUGGGUGUGCAGUGGUGGAUGGAGGGAUAAUUGGGAAAAAAGCUGAAAACAAACCAGCAGCAAGCAAACCAACACCACCACAAAGCAAAGGAACAGCACCAUCCUUUACAGAGAAGCUUCAGGAUGCUAAAGUAGCAGAUGGUGAAAAAUUGGUCUUACAGUGUCGAAUUUCUUCUGAUCCCCCUGCAUCUGUCACCUGGAGUCUAGACAGCAAAGUCAUCAAAUCAUCCAAGUCCAUUGUCAUCUCCCAAGAAGGGACACUGUGUUCACUAACCAUUGAGAAGGUCAUGCCUGAAGAUGGGGGAGAAUACAAAUGCAUAGCAGAGAAUGCAGCAGGAAAAGCAGAAUGUGUUUGCAAAGUGCUUGUGGAAGAUGCCUCAUCCACAAAGGCCGCAAAGGUUGCUGAGAAAAAGACCAAGAAGCCUAAGACCACACUUCCCCCUGUGCUGUCAACAGAAAGCAGUGAAGCAACAGUGAAGAAGAAACCAGCUCCAAAGACUCCUCCAAAAGCAGCUACUCCCCCUCAGAUUACUCAGUUCCCAGAAGACAGAAAAGUCCGUGCUGGUGAAUCAGUGGAAUUGUUUGCCAAAGUGGUAGGAACAGCACCCAUAACUUGCACCUGGAUGAAAUUCCGUAAGCAGAUUCAAGAAAAUGAAUAUAUCAAAAUUGAGAAUGCUGAAAACAGCAGCAAGCUAACAAUAUCAUCGACAAAGCAGGAACACUGCGGAUGUUACACGCUAGUUGUAGAAAACAAACUUGGCAGCAGACAAGCACAAGUCAACCUUACAGUUGUUGAUAAACCAGACCCGCCUGCUGGAACACCUUGUGCAUCAGACAUACGGAGUUCCUCCCUCACUCUUUCAUGGUACGGCUCCUCUUACGAUGGUGGAAGCGCGGUGCAGUCCUACACUGUGGAGAUCUGGAACUCAGUGGAUAACAAAUGGACAGACCUCACUACCUGCCGCAGCACGUCUUUCAACGUGCAGGACCUGCAGGCUGACCGGGAGUAUAAAUUCCGUGUGCGAGCUGCUAACGUGUACGGCAUCAGCGAGCCCAGUCAGGAAUCUGAGGUGGUAAAAGUUGGAGAGAAACAAGAAGAAGAACUUAAAGAGGAGGAAGCAGAGCUAUCUGACGAUGAAGGGAAAGAAACAGAGGUCAACUAUCGGACAGUUACUAUCAACACCGAACAGAAGGUUUCAGAUGUCUAUAAUAUUGAAGAAAGACUGGGAUCGGGGAAAUUUGGACAAGUCUUUAGGCUUGUUGAAAAGAAGACUGGAAAAGUGUGGGCAGGAAAAUUUUUCAAAGCAUAUUCUGCAAAGGAAAAAGAAAACAUAAGGGAUGAAAUCAGCAUCAUGAACUGUCUACAUCACCCAAAGCUCGUGCAAUGCGUAGAUGCCUUUGAAGAAAAAGCCAACAUCGUUAUGGUAUUGGAAAUGGUUUCAGGAGGAGAACUCUUUGAACGAAUCAUUGAUGAAGACUUUGAACUGACAGAGAGAGAAUGCAUUAAAUAUAUGAGACAGAUUUCAGCAGGAGUUGAGUACAUCCAUAAGCAGGGUAUUGUCCAUUUGGAUUUGAAGCCAGAAAAUAUUAUGUGUGUCAACAAGACUGGUACAAGUAUCAAACUCAUUGACUUCGGACUUGCAAGAAGAUUAGAAAGUGCAGGUUCUCUCAAAGUUCUCUUUGGGACACCUGAGUUUGUGGCUCCAGAAGUUAUAAACUAUGAACCUAUUGGAUACGAAACAGAUAUGUGGAGUAUAGGAGUCAUCUGCUACAUCCUCAGCAUGGACCAACCUCAUGGACAUAUUUUAAAGAACAGUUGGCUGCAGCUCCUGGUUACACAUUGUGGUACUUGGUGCAGUCUUUAUGUUGACAACAUGUCAUUAUGCACUUCAGUGGGUUUAGAGAAAUGUCUGUGGAAAUAACACCUCCCAGGUCUCAUGCCUAGAACAGCAAUCAAUCUUCUUCCUACUGUGACUUUGCAAAUGUGAUGCUACAUAAAUGAAUGAGAUGAAACUCAGUCUGGAGUGUGGUUGUUUUUCCCUCACUGCAGUUUCAAUAGCAAGUAAGUAGAAGAUCUUCUUUUCACUUGUUUUCUUACCAGGCUUCUGUCAGUAACUUGCUUUCUUUUCUGGAAGAACCCUCUUCUCCCUGCCUGGCCUUUUCCCCUCAUCUCUGCUCAUUCUUACUUGUCAGCCUUGUUCUCAUACCCUCCUCAUUUCCAGACUAAGCAACAUCAUUUUCUUCCUCAUCCUGUGCAAAAGCUACUGCAUUAUUUCUCUUACUCCCAGCCAAGAUUGAAUACUUCUGUUAUCUUCUGUUGCAUAUGUGAAGUGUGCUGUACUCUUCAAGGUCACUUUGCUCUGCCAGUUUGUUUACAGGACCUUCAUUUUCCAUUUAGUACCAGCAUUUUUUUUCUGGAUCUUGAAAGCUCAUUUGGAUCAUCCCGUAGUUCAAAUAAUUUAGACCACACAAGCUGUACUCAGAAGACAAAUCCAUUUAUUUCUCUAACUUCUGAGGUCUCCUGUGUUACUGAGCACGGGAAGAGUGGUGUGGAGAUCUCAAACUGCCUGUGCAGCAACGAAAAAAUCACCAGUGAAAUCGAUGCUGCAUUGCCCUCUAGAGGCCUUUUGCACGUUAAGAAACAAACUAUUCAAAUAAGACACACAUAUUUGAGGUUUCUAACCGAAGUAUACGAUGAGUUUUUGUGUGGUUGAAAUAUCAGCAGGCUAUUUCUUUUGAGAAAUGUCAGGCAUGCGUGGCAAAAGUUGGCAAUGGCAGUUGUGUGUGUUCCCAAGGGAAACCAAGCCAAGGCUUCUGCUCCCAUACAGUGCACACUGGUCAUGUCGUCAGCAUCAUAGGGCGAAGGGAACAGGUGAAACAAUUGUGAAAUGUCUUGCCAAAGAUCAGUCUGCUGGCAGGGGCAGAAAUGCUUCUUCCCAGUUCCUCUGUGCCAUCAGAAGUGAAGAAAUUUGUAUGCUGGUGGGAUUGGAGAGGUGUUGCAUCUGAUCUGAUAUGCCUUGUGAAAUAUUUCACGAAAUAACUUGUCUGUAAAGAUGUCUUUAAGCUCAUUUAAAUCCUCAUGAGGGUAAACUUACAUUACCCAAAUGCAAUGAAAAUCUCCUUUUUCAUGCGUAAACUAUUGCCACAAUAACGAUCAGCAGUACUAAUCAGCAUUUGUCUUUCUUGCCAUAAGAAACAAAGUAAUAGUGGUUGGGGAGAGCUGUGAGGAGCUGAGUCAUCACUUGGACUUUCCCUCCCCACCCGGAGGGACAGGCUCCCAGUCUGUCUUCACUUCCUUAAAGCUCAGCUAUUUUUGCCGUCUUUCAACUCAGAGCCAUUAUCCAAAAGGGACCAUCACAUCAUCAUUACAGAAUGCAAAUAAAAGUCAUUGAGAAUUGGAUCUCUCAUUAAUUGUAACUCUGCUUUCCUGUUUUGAUUGCAUGCUCAGAACUGCCAAAUCUCAUGUAUGAACUCUAAGACUCGCUCACGUGGUGUCUGCCUCCCGUACCAUCGCUGUGCUCGUACCUCAGCAUUUGUGCCCUCUCUUGCUGAUGUGGUGAGUCAGAUCAUGAAAGAAGAGUUGAGCACUGCAGUGGCACUGGACAUAAGCACAAGGCUGCUCCAGACAGCUGAUGGCCCAGAGCUGCUGUGCCCAGCACAUGCUUCAAGUGAAGUUGCAGGGAACGCUGAGAGACUUGCCAGCAUCUCUUUCAUGAUAGGAUUUGGGACAGUUGAGAGGGAGGCAACCUGCCUAGAGAGAAACAUGCUUCCAGUAUGCCCUGCACAACCAACAAACAGCCAAGGUGCAGCAGAGCUUAAGAGCUACUUAAGAGAUCUCUGUGGGUGAAGGGUCUUCCCUACAGAAUAAUUAUUAGGUGGGAUGUUUCCUCAAGUAAGAAACAGGGUGAAGUCAUUCCGCCAAAACCCUUCAGGUAAACCUCUCUCCUGCCAUACAGACAGAAGUACAGGUAUUGCACUCUGCUGCAUAUCUCCCUUACAGCAUGAUUUACUUAAUUCCAUCCUACAGCUCACGAGUAUCCUUUCCACAUUUCUAAGCCACAAACUAAAUCCUUUUAAUCUUUUUGGAUAACUGAUUCAGUCCCAUCUCUUCAUCACUCUCUAUUCUUCCUUAAAUUUCCCUGUUUGUAUUCUCCACCUCAUGCUUUUUAUCUUCCACUUUUAUCUUGCUCUCUGUCCUGUUCUGCAUCACAGUACUGUUCCACAUACUUAAGUUGAUCUAUUGCCUUUGAAGUAACAGGCCACAAAUAUUAUAGCUUGUGUAUAUCAUCUCCAUUUAUGUCUAUUUCAGUGUUUCUUUUUGCGUUUGCUGUAACCUUUAUCUAAUGAAGGUUAAAACCUCCUGAAUUCUUUCCAGCUCUUUCUGUCCAAUUUAGUCCAGGCAGAAAUACUUGUUUGUGACUUUUCUAUUUCCAGUUCUUUCCAGUGAUCCAUUUGGAUAGCCAGUGCUUCUAAUAUUUAUUAAUCUGAAACAAUUUCUAAAUUUUAUUUUUUUCUACCCAGAUUUCAACCAAAGAUCUCAGCUCUGUGUUCACACUGACAGAAGAUAGCACUUUUCCUUCUGUCACCUUGGAAUCUAACUAAUACAAGUUCAUUGUCUGCCUAGCGAUACAUAUCCUGAUUCUUCAGACAUUCCCUUUCAUUUUCAUUUACUGUCUAAUUCAUCGCUGCUCCUUUUCCUCCGUCGUUCAGCAGUUAGGUCAGUUGAAAGACAUUUUAGCAUCCUUCAUCUUUUGAGUGUGCAUACUCAGGGCUUCGGCGCCUUUGCUGUCUUGCACUUGGCUCUAUACUAUAUUAAAAAUUUAAGACUUGUUAAUAUAAAGAUAAGAGAGCAUUCUUUUUUUCUUCAACAAAGCAAGCUAAGAGGCCUUUAAUGCCAAGUCUAACGCUCAAAAGAAAAUGAAUUAUUUGGUCAGCAGCACUGGCAAAGUGUGAUUCCACACUAAUCCACUGAGCAUGUAAAACAAGGAUGCCAGAGUACUGGCAUGGCUUCAGCAAUGAGCUGUGUUCCUUUACGUGGGCAUCAGUUGUCCAUUUCUUCCUUGCAAUCACCAGUGUAGGAGUGAGUCAGCCCUGCUCUAAGGAAGUGGUUGUUUAGUACAGCGGAUGCACAUCUCCAACAAAUGAAUCUAUUGUAAGCUUUAUUUGUAAAAGCAUUCAACUACUCCAUGAUCUCCAGGGUGCAGCCAUUAUCACCUCUGCAUAAAUGGGCUUAUGUGGCAUAACCUGCCACAAGGCAGAGGUAACUCUUCAUACUGAAAAUUGUUACUUUUUUCACUGUUACUGCAGUGCAAAAACUGUAGGCAGGAGCUCGGUGUCAGAACAAAUCAGUUGCUGUUGGAAACUCUUCUUGCAGAGUAAUGCUCAGAGCACCAUUUUACGAGACAUGCGGCAAGCCCAUCUUUCCUGGGUUGGAGACAGUUCUGGCACAAAGGCUCCCAAGUGAAAAGCUGUGGUUCUGUUACGUAGGCACUGGUGACUGGGGACCACAUUGGACCCUUCUGAUCUUGGCAUUUCUAUAUGUGCAGUCAGAGUUUCAUUAGAACAGGCAAAUAAACGCUAAGGGUUGCCUUGAGAAUAAAAUAUCUUUCUUCUUUAUUUAGAAGUGGAAACCGUGAAAGACUUUCUAAACAAAUGGUUCCAACAUGCCAGGAAGAUGCCUGCUUAAGUAGCUGGAAAAAUGUUUUCAGUAAACAUCUUGCUUCUUGUCUAAGAGUAGCUUCACAGUGUAAGCUCAGUAUUAAUUUUCUGGAGAGGUAGCUCAUCUUUAUCACUUAGCUUCAGCAUUCCAAAAGGAAAUUGUUUCCAUAAUCUGUCAAAAGAGUUGCUCAGCCAUUAUUACUUUAAAUGGCUAUUAAGAAAUGAACAACCAAGACUUAGGUCAGUGAGAUCUGUGAUAAAGAAAAGAAUUUCUGAGUAUAACUUGCAUAAGUUUCUGGGCUGGUUUUCCUUUUGCUUUCUGACUAUACACAAGGAUCCAGUUCUUCUUACAGGUAUUUUCAUGACAAAGCAACUGAUUCACAAUGUAAAACUGUGGUGGACUGACAAGGUUAUUUUCAGCUUAUAAAUUUACAACAGCACACUCAGAAAUGCAAAAAUAUGUUCACUGAAGCCUUUGAAGAGGCACUGUUACAGUGGUGUUUGGAAAUGGCAGAUUAAUGGGUACCAGUCAGGUAAUUAAACAAAUGCAUGGAGUGGUUUGAUCCUAUGAAAGCAGAUAAGAUUAUAGCAGAUAAUCCUGUUGUGCAAUUCUUCUUUAAAAAAAUAAAUAAAUAAAAUAAAAUAAAGCCAACUAAAGCAACCCAACUAUUUUUUACCACUCUAAUCUCCUCCUAUUUAUCCCUCAUCUGUCAAAAUCUGUGUGUGACAUGCCGUCCCUUUGCCCAGAAAGCUACAUGUCUCUCCAGACCCCGCACCUGCAAUAUCAGUGUGGAGCAAUGGGCACCAUCUGUAGGAGUCCCUGCAGCAUGGGAGUGAUCUCUCAAUAAGCAGCUUUAACCUCUGGACAUGGGCCAAACUAUUAUUACAGCACAAGAGCUGCAUAAUACUAUUUGUGGUAAUACUAUGCAAAGGUCACAUUUGCUAUCCUUCGACAAAGUGGGAUUGUUUUUGCUCUGGCUACCCAAGUGUUUCCUCUGGAAGUUUAGCAGCAUGAAGAGCAUCUCCUAAAUUGAUGGUGAAUUAAAUAAAUAUUUCACAGAGCUUUCGUUAGUAUAAAAUGUGAGCCUUUUGGUAAGCUACUGAAUUGGUUGAGAGACUACUGUGCUUGCUAUAUAGUCACAAAAGAGACAACUUAGAAAUCAGACCUGUAAGAACGGUGAUACGGAUGAGAGCUUUUCACCUCCUAAAACAUUACAGAAAGAGAAUAUUUGUUGUUGUUAAUAGGAAAGUGCUUAAAUAUUGUAGUGGGGGUAGCUGUAAGGCUCUGCAGGAGGGCUUUGUGAAUUCUAGGAAGGAGUUUUUGCAUCAGCAACGCACCUGCCCACGGCUGCUGAUGUGCAUGAGGGCAGAGCAGAGUCCCUCAUUCUGUGGUGGCUGCAGCAGCUCUGCAGUGCUGUCAGGUAUAACAUGUGUCGCUUCCAGUAAACUGUGUCAAAGUCAGAGAACGGUUACAGUAAAGUAGGUUGUUUUAUUGGAGUACUUUUGUGUGUGUGUAUUAAUCUUUCUGCUUUCUGCAAUUCGUGCCUAUGAUAUGUGCAUAAAUGUAUGCCACCUUAUACAGUUAUAAAGGCAGGCUUCACUGUUGUAUUUGAAUGCACCCUAGAUACUGAAAAAUAAAACAGAAGAUGCCUUCUGAUGUGAUUUACCUUCUGCCUGAGAAGAAAGCAACCUUUUAUCUUCAUCCUCAUGUAUUAUUACUAGCAAAUUUCUGAGGUAUACGUGCAGGAUUCUGCACUCUGCUGCACUGCACACAACUUCCAGAAAUGGUAAAAGAUUUCAUAUCUGCCCUGCCUGCAACUUCAAAGAAUGCAUCUUUCUGCUUGGCGUAGGGAAGUGAAAUCCUUAGGAAAAAAAUCUGGAUGAGAUUUUGAAUGUAAUUAGUAACAAAAGAGUAGCAAAACAGCUUAGCAGGGGAUUAUACUAACAUUAUUCAUCUAGUCGCUAACUUUAUUUGUUCCCAAUCUCCUUUCUUACCAAUCUCUUCUGUAAUAUUCAGAAGCAUCACAUAUAAUAUUUCCAGAACCCUAAUAAUGCCCACUUAAUAUUCCAAAUUAAAAAAAAUAUAUUACUAUUGAAAUGUAUUGAUUGUUUAAGAGAACAGUUAACAUGGUUGUGCAGAGAAAGGAAAUAAAGUCCACAAAAUGUGACUGAGAAUAGGUUAUCGGGCAGAUUGCAUGCCAGGAUGGAGACAUGGGCAACUGUCCAACUUGCAGUUUCAAGGAAUAAACCAGCCUUUCGUCUGAAGGUGUUCACUGACAGGCUGAUCUAGACAGAUAUCAGAAGAAUCUGGCUGCACAAAGGUACAGUAUAAUGAACGACACAGCUCAGCUACAGAAACAUACACUGCAGAAAUGAGACCGUGAUGUUCUGUAAUUGCCUUUCACUUGCCAUUUAUCAGUUAUACUGAGUUAAAAGCCUGGAAAGCUCAACUUAUGCUAUAAAAGAGUAUGAUCUCCAUUUCAAGCACCAUCAUGACUGAUUGAGAACGUAAAGACCAAACUACUUCUGGAUGCAUCUGCACAGCUUUACAGCCUGCUGUGAAGUAGGUCUGUUUUAUCUGGCAAUAUAAGUCGGGGAGAGAGAGGUGUGUGAUUGUGUUUACAAAGUAGUCCUGGGAAUAUCAUUAUUUCAUGCUGCACCUUUCUUCCCAGGCCCUCUCUACAGAAGUAAAUGGAAUAAAAUGUACAAAACACUUGGUUUGAUGCUAAAGGUAGGAAAGGCACUGUGAGUGCACACACGCACACAAAAGCUACCAACUGACUUUGGUGUGAAGAUGGCAAUAUUAUUUAUGCAGAAUGACACAAGUCAUUUCAGUCUCCAUUUUCAUCUUGUGCUGCUUCGCUCCUCAGAAGUCUUGGGAAGUGAGAAAGAAAGAGCAAAAUCAUUCCUCUCAGCUUUGCAGUAGAAAAUUAGGUCCCUUCCCCAUACCUGUAUCCCCAAUUGUAGUUAACUUUGAGUCUUUUUUUUUUUUUUUUUGUAGUAAGCUUUGACUGACACAGACCUGCAGGACAUAGGGGAUGUCGCACACUAAUUGAAUUCCGUUCGCAAACUGACGCUGUUUGCCUUGUGUCCGUCUGUCUGUUCUA